AUGCCUCCCGACCAGCUUUUGCGUUCUCAGCAUACACGCACCAAGACUCAGGGGAAGACAGCACCCAAUGUCUUCGAUGGAGAUGUCUUCAGGCAAACAGUGAAUGAGAAUAUUUCAGACACGAAGAUCAAGCAGUUACAGGAGGCUUGGGGUACCGACAUUGGUGCAGCCGUUGACCAUUAUCGGGAGCCUGACAAGGAAGUUUUUCAUGGCAAUCAGUCAGAGGCGGAGGUGAACAAGGCAGACUUUGCGCCGCCAGGAGACCAAUCGCUAACGCUUGAGAUAGUUGGAAUAAAAAAGCUUCGGUGGGAUCUGAAGAGGCCCUCAAAGACACCCAAACAUGAAGCCAAAGGCAUUCCAUGUGUCCUCCUCGUGCGACGCCAGUACAGCGAGAAGAUGGUUUACGUCAGUACUGUCAUCGACGUGAAGGGCCUCGCCCUUCGAAAGGCAAUUCUAGCCAUAUUCCGAGGCGCCGAGGGACUGGAAAUGACCGAAACCAACGUAGAGCUCUCAGACAUUCACUUCCUCUUCUGGGCCCGUUCAGAGCUUGAACUGUUGGCUACUCACUAUGCGGCUUCAGGCGACGCCGCUGACAAACCGGCCUUGUUCGAGAUAAGGAGUGCUUUGGCUUUCAUAACUCAGGAAUGGGCGCAUACGGACUCUUUGUUGAGCUCACUUCUCCCACAUUCCAUCAGUUUUGACCUCCUCUGGGUUGUUUUCCCACCAGAAUGCUUGGUCAUUGGAAAGGAUGAGCUGGGUUUCGACAAUAUUUGGCGAGCGCGCACUCAUUCUGUCGUUAGACAGCAAGAUGGAAGCAAUAAUUUUGUAAUUGUUGCUGAACAGCUCGAAUGGGAUGGUUCAGUAUUGGGCUACGCGAGGACCCGUCUGACCGUUCCCGGGUUCAACGGUCUUAUUCCAAUGGAGGACCUUCCUUACAUCCCGCUCAAAUUCCACUCUGGUCAAAGGGCUUUGAUGGAGCGAAUCCUAGUACGUGGCGAGAAGAAGCUCAAGUUUUGCAAGAAAGGCUUCAAGAUCCAACAGUACAGCGGCCGCGGACUUCGCAAGGUGGAAAAAGAUGUGAUAUCAUUCGUUAGGUCAAGAGAUGGCGAUCUAACUGCCGUGCACAGUGGUCUCCUUAAUUCCUUGGUCAUGGAAGAGUCGCUGAGAGCCACCAUGUACAAGCUUGUCAAGACCUACAGCCUAGGCCUUUCUGAUUUUGACGAUUUCGUCGAGGGAAAAGGAAAAGGGCUCAUUGGUUUGCUUUAUGGUCCGCCAGGAUCAGGGAAGACCUUGACAGCAGAGGCAAUCGCCGAAACUGGCCACAUGCCCCUCUACAUGGUAUCCAGCGGGGCACUGGGCCACGAGCCCGAAGGCGUCUUUGUCAACUUGAUGUCCAAACUCCGUUUGGCGACUCAUUGGAAAGCAGUAUUGUUGCUAGAUGAAGCAGACGUGUUCCUGGCCAAACGGUCUUUGACGGGACUUACCCAGAACGCCAUAGUGUCGGUGUUUCUCAGAGCGCUCGAGUAUUACGAGGGCAUCUUACUCCUGACGACAAACCAGAUCGAUAAGAUUGAUGAAGCAUUCCUAAGUCGAACUCAUUUCUGUCACCAAUAUUCAUCUCUCGAUUUCGGGGCCCGAAGACAAAUUUGGAUGAACUUCCUGGAAAAAGCAUCCAAGUCCGAGAAGAUCAAAAUCAAUAUUGGGGAAGAUGGACUACAGCAGCUGGCGGAUCUGGCAAUGAAUGGGCGUCAAGUAUAUUUUGGAGAGGAACAAAGCAGCCUUCGUUCCGACUGGCAGGUCAGCGCGCGCACUCUUACGGCGGAUGGGAUCAUCGACGUUAUUAGAACACUGCAAAGGUUUCAGCUUUCGCGUGAAGAAGUUCCGGGAUCUCAAGCCGUGGAGCCUCGAGAGGCGAGGUCGCUCGCAGGCCCGAGGAGGAUUACCACUGUUGAGACAGGCUACCGAGAGGUACCUGAGGACGGCAACGAACUCGAUGACAUCUCCUGA